AUGAGGGCGGCUAGACUGGUGCUGAAGAACUCAAUCCGAACAAAACUCCUUCAAGAUAUAGCUGCUGCUCAUUACAGGACGUGGUGGAAUCAUGUCGAAAUGGGUCCUCCAGAUGCGAUUCUCGGUGUCACAGAAGCGUUCAACCGGGACACAAAUCCACAUAAAAUGAACCUCGGUGUUGGCGCGUAUCGAGAUGAUGAGGUACUGUCUUUUCUCAUUCACCGUCAAUCUUAG